AUGUCAGCCGAACUAGCUGCCCCGCCGGUUCUCUCUACCCCCGAUGAUCGUAUAUUUGAAGUCGCUGCCGAGCUCAGUGCGACCUCGUCCCUCAGCGACGACGAGAUUCGCGAAAUCUACGAUGUCGAACGAACUGUUACGGAGCUGCUGGUUGGCAAGUGGACGAAAGUUGCUCUUCAGUUCCCGGACCACAUGCUCGUCGAUGCUCCUCGAGUCGCAGAAAUCUUGGAUCGAGAUUUAGAAGCACGUCACGAGGACAAGAAGCCAGUAAAGAUAUCUAUUCUCGCCGAUACGAGCUAUAGCGCCUGCUGCGUUGACGAAGUAGCGGCAGAGCAUGCCGAUGCCCAAGUCGCAGUGCACUACGGCCGAACGUGUCUGAGUCCGACGAGCCGGCUUCCAGUGAUAUACGUAUAUACUACCCACAAGCUGGAUCAUGACGCUGUACUGCAAUCAUUUCGCGGGGAAUUCGGCGACUUGACCAGCAAAGUGGUUGUCAUGGCUGACUUGACAUAUCAAAGUCAUGUGGCACCAGUGGUGAGACUGCUGGAAGAAAGCGGCUACUCGGGGAUUAUUGCUACAGAGGCAACCAGGGACCCGGCUGGCGUGUUACCGAACCGGCGCAUCGUCGGCAAAGAGUUGGACGCUGAUCAACUGAAGGAGUACGCUUUAUUCCACAUUGCAGAUCCACCGCAGUCGCUGCUUCUAGCACUCAGCUCUAGAUUCACUUCUCUGCAUAUUCUGUCCAUCCCGUCGCCCUCGAAUCUGACCAUCGACAACCCCACGAUUCAAACUGCCGGCCUUCUUCGACGCCGAUUCGCCAAAGUCCUGUCGCUUGCAUCGGCUGGCGUCAUUGGAAUAUUGGUCAAUACGCUGUCCGUGUCAAACUUCUUGCCCUCGAUCGAUCUCUUGCGCGCAAAGAUUGACAAGGCGGGCAAGAAAAGCUACACGAUUGUUGUUGGUAAAUUGAAUCCAGCCAAAUUGGCCAACUUUGCGGAGAUUGAGGGCUGGGUAGUGGUGGGCUGCUGGGAAAGCGGCCUGAUAGAGGAUGAUGCAAGCUACUGGCGGCCAGUAGUAACCCCAUUUGAAAUGGAAGUGGCGCUGAUGAACGUAGAGGACCGAGUCUGGGGAGAUGAAUGGUGGGGAGGCAUCGAGAAACUCCAGGUAGAAGAGAAGAAGCCUGAAACAAACGGCGACACCUCAGCGCAAAACGGCACUGGCCACGAUGCCCAAGCAAGUGACGAGAUCGACGAGGACGAGUCCAUGCCGCCUGAAUAUGACCUCCGCACCGGCCGACUCAUCAGUCAUAGUCGGCCAAUGCGCCUGGCAAUCCGCUCAGCGGCCGCCAGCAGCGGCGCUACUCAAACAGGCGAAGCAAAGACGUCCGGAACUCUCAUUUCGAGAGCGGCAGGCGAGAUUGCCAGUAUCAAUGGUGUUGCUAGCCCAGGCGCAGAGUUUCUGCGCUCGCAGAGGACGUGGCAAGGGCUGGGCACCGACUUUGACCAAGAAGCUAGCACUCUGAUCGAGGAGGGCAGGAGUGGCAUCGCAAGAGGCUACAGAGUAGGCGAUGAAGAUCAGGAUAAGCAUUAG